AUGAGGAGGAGGAGGAGGAGGAGGAGGACGAGGAAGGAGGAGGAGGAGGAGGAGGAGGGAGAGGAGGAGGAGGAGGAGGAGGAGGAGGAGGAGGAGGAGGAGGAGGGAGAGGAGGAGGAGGAGGAGGAGGAGGAGGAGGAGGAGGAGGAGGAGGAGGAGGAGGAGGAGGAGGAGGAGGAGGAGGAGGAGGAGGAGGAGGAGGAGGAGGAGGAGGAGGAGGAGGAGGAGGAGGAGGAGGAGGAGGAGGAGGAGGAGGAGGAGGAGGAGGAGGAGGAGGAGGAGGAGGAGGAGGAGGAGGAGGAGGAGGAGGAGGAGGAGGAGGAGGAGGAGGAGGAGGAGGAGGAGGAGGAGGAGGAGGAGGGAGGAGGAGGAGGAGGAGGAGGAGGAGGAGGAGGAGGAGGAGGAGGAGGAGGAUGA